UGAAUCAAGUAUCAGUUUCAAAAUCAAUAACUUAAGGUACAACAUGAAUCCUACUAUUUUCUUCAGUUGCCUAGUGCUUCUCUCGGGAUGUCUUCUUGGAAGCACAAAUGCCCAAAGCGACGAUGAAUUCAUCACUGAAAAAGAACGCCUACUUCAUGUGUAUGGUGAUUCUUCGAUAAAUGAAGCCACUCGGUUUAGGAAUGUCCCCGAUCUAGUCACUUUCUAUGAGAAAUACUCCACUCGCCUCGCAUUGUCACCCAAUUUCAAUGAUCGUGCCCAAGAUCUCUUGAGGAGGUAUAAAGAGGAAAACGCUCGUGCUGUUCAGGUGGAUGGUGUCCCGGCUCAAGGAGGAUUCUGGCUGCCCUUGGUGAAGCUUCUAAUUGUGCAGCUGGGCGUGGAACUCGCCACUGAGGGAAUCAAACGUGCUACAGCAUCUUAAGUC